GUAAGUUAAGUACUGAAAAUUAAUGUUGGACAGUUGGAGUUUGACAAAUUCUGAGAAUCAUCUACACUAACUAAUGGCGCCUUCUUCUGAAAAGCAGCAGCAAGAGAAGAAAGCAUGUAUUAUUGAUGGCAAAGCUAUAGCUCAAACAAUACGCUCUGAAAUUACUACUGAAGUUAAGCUUCUGUCUGAGAAAUAUGGCAUGGUUCCUGGACUUGCUGUUGUUCUAGUAGGUUCUAGGAAAGAUUCUCAAAGCUAUGUGAAUUUGAAAAGAAAAGCUUGUGUUGAAGUUGGGAUUAAGUCAUUCAAUGUUGAUAUCCCUGAACAAGUUUCUGAAGCUGAAUUGAUCGCCAAAGUCCACGAGUUAAAUGCUAAUCCUGAUGUCCAUGGGAUACUAGUGCAACUUCCCUUGCCAAGCCAUAUGGUUGAAGAAAAUGUGAUGAAUGAAAUCAGUAUCGAGAAGGACGUAGAUGGGCUUCAUCCUAUGAACAUUGGUAAACUUGCCAUGAAAGGCAGAGAUCCCCUGUUUCAGCCGUGUGGCCCAAAGGCAUGCCUUGAACUUCUAAGUCGCAGUGGUAUAAGUGUGAAGGGAAAGAGGGCAGUUGUUAUUGGGAGAAGCAAUAUAGUUGGUUUACCUGUGUCAUUGCUUCUUCUGAAAGCUGAUGCUACUGUGACUAUCAUUAACUCUCAUACACCUGGCCUCGAAAGCAUCAUCCGUGAAGCAGACAUUGUGAUUUCUGCAGCUGGGAAAGCGCAUUUGAUUAAGGGUGAUUGGAUUAAACCCGGUGCUGCUGUUAUCGACGUUGGGACAAAUGCUGUGGCUGAUCCAAGUCAUAGGACAGGUUACAGGCCAGUGGGCGAUGUGGACUUUGACCAGGUAUGUGAGGUGGCUGGAUGGGUAACUCCAGUUCCGGGAGGUGUCGGCCCAAUGACUAUUGCAAUGUUACUGAGGAAUACCUUCGAUGGUGCCAAGCGUAAAAUGGAGCAGUAAACCCCAUAUGUGCUGAUAUUGCAUAUAUCGAACAAUAAUCUUGUAUGACCGACUUUUUGUAUUGCCUAAUUUUCUCGCAAGAAGCAAGUCUGUAAACUUCAGUAUAGGAUAAUCUAGCCUAUUUCUUAUUUUAUUUUUUUGAUAAGAUAUUUUCAGAUUGAUCAUCAUUUCCUUGAUAAACAUUUCUGGGAUGUUACAAUGAUAUUCAAAAGAA